AUGGCCCCUCUGCACGCGAGCAGUUUAGAGCUCCGUUUUGACAGCAGCAAAGAGGACCGUCCCCUCGUGCGAGGGCCGGCCCGGGUACACAAAGAGGACCGUCCCGUUGUUCGAGGGUCGGCCCGGGUACACAAAGAGGACCGUCCCGUCGUGCGGGGGUCGGUCCGGGUAAACAAAGAGGACCGUCCCGUUGUGCGGGGGUCGGCCCGGGUACAUAAAUCUUAUGGCGAGGGGGUCACGAAAAAACUGGGGCUACCCCGUCGAAGUGAUAGCUUCCGACGUCAAGAACGGCUCUUCAUGCAGCGAAGUGAUGCUUACCUCACCAAUCGUGACCUAGCGGCGCCCAGAGUUAAUUUCAGAGCCACGGCGUCCGCGCAUCUUCAACAAAAACAGGAAAUCCGAAGAAACGGCGACUACCGCAAGAGUUUGGUCCUGGACCAAAAAGUUGAGACACUCUAUGGAUAUGUCAAGAAACCUGUGAUUCCUGAGGUGGAUUACUUGACCAAUGAAGAAGUGGCUACGUUGAGGAAGAAGUCUUUCAUGGCUUCCAGCCAGAAGUUAAGCCUAUUUGAAGCCAGUAAAUCGGGAGUUCUUCGUGAUUCUAUCCACAGACAUUCAAAUCUUAAAGCCGCCAAAAGCUUCGGAAAUCUUACCAAACUGAAAUCCUCCGUCAAGUUAGAAAUUCAUUCAGACACUAAGAGUAACCCAUCCAAUUUGAAAUCCGCCUUAAAACUGAGCAAGUCAGACACAAGGUUGAACUCAAAACUGGAAGUUCGUUGGGAUUCUGAUUCUGAAAGCAGAACAGAAGCGCACAGUUCAUGGCGUUCUGACUCUCCAAGGCCAGGUUCUAAAGGAAGCUUCUAUUGCAAUGGUAACAAAUCUCCGUCACUGAGCCGUAAUAAAGUUGGCGUAUCUAAGUCGCUGCAGAAGACUUCGAGCUGCAGCAGCAGCAGCAGUCCAUUGUUCGUUUGUAAGCGCAGCUCGUUGUGCUACACCUCAGCAAGAGCGUCCAGUUCACCUGCCAAGAGAAUUUCAAGACACUUCAUCCCGAGAGCCAAAAUCAGAAACUUGUCCUCGCCCAACGCUACUCCCAAGAUGCAAGACUCGCUAUUUUACGACACUCCACGGGUUCGUUUGGAUGGCGGCGCCCGAGCGUUCCGCCGUCACUGUGGCUACGACAUGCAAGACUCGCUAUUUUACGACACUCCACGGGUACGUUUGGAUGGCGGCGCCCGCGCGUUCCGCCGUCAUUGUGGCUACGACGCACCGCACCAGCCACCUACCCUCCUGGAGGAGGUUAGUGAGUGCGGAGAGGAUCUGGAGGACCCAUACUCCGCGCCCUACGACGGUGAUGGCGACAACAUGAGCUUUGCUGAGACACGCUCGCUCAGAGAGGACUACUGCUUCCCGCACAGCUGGCAAGGUUUGCGGGAUAUUGAACACGGCAUUAGUGACCGCGGUGCCGGCUAUGAUCGCUCUAAAACUGCCGACUGCGGCCUAAGUUUGACCGCCACCGUGCUGCUUUGCGCGGCGCGAUGGCUGCUACUUAAGUUCAAUUCUCUGGCCGUUUUGCUUUAUUUCCUGCAUUUUGGAGGUGAUUUCCUGAGCUCGUGGUUCAGGUCGACUUUUAAGAGGUAA